UAAAAAUUAAAAGUAAUAAAUAUGAGCAAAACUACAGCUAGCAUUCCUAAAUCUCGUUCAAAGUACCUGAUCCAGUUCCUGAAGAGUAAAGUGGAAGGCAGCCAUAUUAAUCCCUCCCUGAGCCCCGAAAAGCAAACACCAGUACAUAAUAACAUUGAAGGAGUUACCCACAGGAGAGGUAUAAAUUCCGAAAUUCCCAAUGCGAAGAUGGAUGAAGACGAAUAUAAUUACCAAGAAAGCGCAAUUUAUGAAGAAGAGAAGGACUCUAUUUAUCAGACUCCUAAGAACUAUUCCACAAGGAGACGGAUCAAAAAGAUCUCCCUUGAGAGCACCAAUUAUACAUCGAGUGCAACAAUUGUUCAAAAUUCACGGUUUCAGAGGAAGAGGGAUUGAAAAAGACUUAAUACAAGCCAUGAGAGAAUCAAACAAGUUAAUAUUAGUGACCAGAGCAUCGAGGAAAUUGAUGAGGAAGAGGAACCAUUAUCCAUUCCAUACUCUAGUCCUAGCAAGCAAGGCCACAACAAUUUCUUUGAAAGGAUCAGUAAAGCUGCAGAUACUGACCCUACAAAUGCAGUUGACCCAUACUCCCUUUGGUUUGAGCCAGAACUUGGCAUCAACAAAAUGAUAGACGAUAUUAUCAACAACGAUCAUACGAAAUUUUCUGAUGGAAAUGAAAAAUUCUGCCCCGAGGAGUCUAAAGAUGAGUCUUUUGAUGAUAUCCAAAUGGAGCAGAUAAACGAGCUUGAAAUCACCCCUGAACUUAAGAUAGACGACAUGGUCAGCCACUGUGAAGGCCUCGAAAGAAAUACUGUCUUCACACGAGACCAAAAGAAGAGCUUCAAAUAUCUUAAUAAGUUUCAGAACUGUGAAGGAUCUGCUGCCAAAGUGCCAUGCACGAAUAAAUAAACCUGUGAAAAGAAGAAGUAGACAUCGAAUAAAGAAGCUUGAUUUUUCAGGCAUGAAGAGCACUGAGUAUAUCAAAAAUGCCUUUAAGAGGAAAAAUAGCUUUGGAGUCAAAGGAAAGAUAAUAAAAAGCUUCUAUCAGCAAAUUUCAGCAAAAGAAUCGUGAAAGAAUUAUAUUUAACAGUAAACAGAAAGUAUUGGAGCUCUUUAAAGUGGAAGGUAAAGGUGGUAUCAUAGAAAUCAAAGGAGAGCCAAUAUUUCCUCUUAAGAUGACUUUGGAUUAUCUCAUUCCUACCUAUAAUAACUGUAGUGUUACUAUAAACUCAAUGAAGGCUCAUGAACCAAAGAAUAAAUUCACCACGCCCACCAAGAGAGCCUUCAAAGAAAGUAAGAAUUUCAAUAACUUCGCUUCGAGUUCUUCUGCUUGUCACGCAAUCGAAGUAGAAGGCAGGAUCACCGAAGGUCGACAGAAAGACAGGGGCUUCAAGCACCAGUUUGAGAUCGACGACAACUUGAUCACUCGUAUGACUAUCCUGGAGUAACUAUACAGAGGGCGAACUGACCUAACUAACGUAGCAAUUUAUAUUAUCAACUUUCAGCCU